GCGCCGGCGCCGCAGCGCAUGGAGCAGCUAAACCAAAGAGCCUGGCAAACCCGGAAGUGCCUGCGGGCGGAGGCGGGCAGGGGCGGGGCCGGGGGCGGAGCCCGGCCUGCGGCGCCGCGGAGCCGGGAGUCACAGUGGCCGCGGCGGCCCGGGAGGCAGUAUCGGUGGCGGCACGGCGGCGACAUGGCCAUCAUCUCAGAGGAUGACUUUCAUCACAGCUCCAACUCCACCUACAGAACUGCAAGCAGCUCUCUCCGGGCUGACCAAGAAGCACUGCUCGAGAAGCUUCUGGACCACCCACCACCCAGCCUGCAGAGGCCUGAGGACCGCUUCAAUGCUGCUUACAUCGUCUUCUUCUGCUUGGGCAUUGGCAGCCUGCUGCCAUGGAACUUCUUUGUCACUGCCCAGGAGUACUGGCUAUUCAAACUCAGCAACUGCUCCAGCCAAGCCACGGGGGAGGAGCCUAAGGGCUCGGACAUCCUGAACUACUUUGAGAGCUACCUGGCUGUGGCCUCCACCGUGCCCUCCAUACUGUGCCUCGUGGUCAACUUCCUGCUUGUCAACAGGGUUCCGCUUCGUGUCCGCGUGCUGGCCUCGCUGACUGUCAUGCUGUCCAUCUUCGUGAUGAUGACGGUGCUGGUGAAGGUGGACACCUCCUCCUGGACCCGCAGCUUCUUUGCCCUCACCAUCAUCUGCAUGGCCAUCCUCAGCGGCACCUCCACCAUCUUCAGUAGCAGCGUCUUCGGCAUGACUGGCUCCUUCCCCAUGAGGAAUUCCCAGGCGCUGAUAUCAGGAGGAGCCAUGGGGGGCACCAUCAGUGCCGUGGCCUCACUGGUGGACCUGGCGGCGUCCAGCGACGUGACGGACAGCGCCCUGGCCUUCUUCCUGACGGCGGACGUCUUCCUGGCGCUCUGCAUCGGGCUCUACCUGCUGCUGCCGAGGUUGGACUACGCCAGGUACUACAUGAGGCCUGUUUGGCCAGCCGUGUUUUCUGGUGAAGAGCAGCCACCCCAGGACUCCCCCAGCCCCUCUUCGGGGGCCCCCAGAUCCAGCGACUCCUCGACACCACCCCUCCGCCCCAUCCUGAAGAAGACGGCCGGCCUGGGCUUCUGCAUCAUCUACCUCUUCUUUAUCACCAGCAUCAUCUUCCCCGCCAUCUCCACCAACAUCGAGUCCCUCGGCAAGGGCUCUGGCUCACCAUGGACCACCAAGUUCUUCGUCCCCCUCACCACCUUCCUCCUGUACAACUUUGCCGACCUGUGCGGCCGGCAGAUCACUGCCUGGAUCCAGAUGCCGGGGCCCAGAAGCAAGGUGCUCCCAGGGCUUGUGCUCCUCCGGACCUGCCUCGUCCCCCUCUUCGUGCUCUGCAACUACCAGCCCCGCGUCCACCUGCAGGUGGUGGUCUUCCAGUCCGACGUGUACCCGGUGCUCUUCACCUCCCUGCUGGGGCUCAGCAACGGCUACCUCAGCACCCUGGCUCUCAUUUACGGGCCCAAGAUCGUGCCCAGGGAGCUGGCCGAGGCCACAGGGGUGGUGAUGACCUUUUACCUGUGCUUGGGUCUGAUGCUCGGCUCAGCCUGCUCUGCCCUAAUUGUGCAUCUCAUCUAGGAGGGGCGAUGGCUGGACCUUGGUGCCAAGCGAUGCCCAGGAGCCUCGGCGAGAAGGGGAGGAAAUGCUGGGAGGGCCCAGGAGGCCAACAGGAAGGGCUGGAGUUGGCCCUGCCGAGCAUGCUUGGCCCUCGUCACUCCCAGGGACCCGGGACCAGGGCUAUUCCCAGGCCAAGCAGACAUUCUGGAAUGUCCUGUGAUGCUGGAAGAGCAAAGACACCUGAAUGAGGCACAGUUACAAGUUACACAGUCAGAGAGCUCCUCGCCCAUGGGUACAUUCCACCUGUCCUUCGUCCCUCCUGGGAACCGUGCUGUCAGUAUGUGGCUCUGAGUUGUUUACAGGGCAGGGCCAAGACCCUCUGCGUGGCCUCUGCCUCCUCCCAGCUGAUGGCAAGAUGUGUGAGACUCCUUAGCCCUCCGUACCCGGAGAGGGUCCCCCCUGGAACGGCCAGUCCUCAGGCCUGAGACCCAAGCCUGUGCAGAUCCCUUACUUUUGGUUACCAGCCAGACUGGGAACCCCAGGAAGACAGGCCCUCCAGGAGCCCUUCAUUCCCUGGACGUGGGCUCCACGCUGUACCCGGGACCAAGCAUGUCAAGCCUGGGUUUCAAACAGGGAUCCCUUUAAGUGGUCUGUGGUCUGAAUCAAGGCAGGGUUUAUCGUCUAUGUUUAUAUGUCAAGGCCAUUGGUUCAGGGGCCUAAUAAAUACCUGGGUACUUAAUGAAA